AAAAAAAACAGAAAAUUGAAAAUGUUCUAAAUCGACGACCUAAAGUUGAUGCAGCCAAAGCAAAAGACAGAAGAAUCUAACGAUCUAUUACACAAUUACACACAAAUGUUCUUGAUUUCUCACCGAACUCAUAAACCCUCAAAACCCUGAUUCCCACUCUCCCUGUAUUUCUCGAAGCAGGAGCUAAAUUAAUGGCUUACAGGCGGAGCAUCACUUCCAGAGCGAAGCAAUUUUAUCAGCAGCAACAAAUAAUUGCUCCCCCGCUCUCAAAUAUUCACCGCGACGACGCCGAUCGUGAAGAAUCGCGCUCCAAUCCAUUUCCAUUUCCAGCGAAUCACGAAACCCGCAAUUAUAUCCAGAACCGUUUCUUCGGCGGCGGAAUAAAUAAUUCGAGCAGUUUCAAUGGGUCGAGAAAUGUGUUUCGAGAUUGGAGAUUUGCUGCUCCGGCGGGUUUCGGUGGGUCCGUUUUCGUUAGGGAUUUUUCUAGUGCGGGUAUCGGAGGAGGGGCGGCUGAUAAUAUCGAGUUUUUAAAUGACAUGGCGGGUAUCUUUGUCGAGAAGGCUGCUGAGGUGGCGCCUGCGGUGAAUGAGGUGGCGAUUGCGGCCGCGGAUUCGUUUUAUCCGGUGGCCGCGCUUCAGUACUUGAUUGAAUACAUUCACAUUUCAACGGGGUUUCAUUGGUGGGCAUCGAUAGUCGUGACAACUCUUUUGAUUCGUACCCUACAGCUUCCACUUAUCCUACAUCAGCUGAAAGCCACUUCAAAAUUUACUCUUCUAAGACCAAAGCUGGAGGCAAUUAAAGAAGAAAUGAACAACGGGGAUAUGAGUCCCUCUACUGUUGCUGACGGCCAGGCGAGAAUGAAAAAAUUAUUCAAAGAACAUGGCGUAACUCCAUUCACUCCUUUGAAAGGAAUUCUAAUUACGGCUCCCAUAUUUUGCAGUUUCUUCUUUGCCAUUAGAAACAUGGCGGAAAAAGUUCCGUCUUUUAAAGAUGGAGGAGCAUUCUGGUUUAUGGAUUUGACAGCUCCCGAUACUAUGUAUAUAUUUCCAGUUUUGACUGCGUUGACUUUUUGGAUUACUGUGGAGUGCAAUGCGCAAGAAGGUUUGGAAGGCAAUCCGACUGCUGGUACCAUAAAAAUCGUCUCUCGGGUCUUUGCAGCGUUGACUGUCCCUUUUACCGCAAGUUUCCCCCAGGCUGUAUUCUGCUAUUGGAUCACCUCGAACCUGUUUUCACUCACAUACGGAUUAAUUGUGAAGAAUCACAAGGUUAAAAAUCUCUUGGGCAUACCAAUUAUAACCGUGGCACCAACGCCCGCUUCAGAUAAUCCAAAGCCUGGAUUCUCGUUUUUCGCAGCGAUAGAUAAAUAUGCAGCCGCCAUGAAAAAGCAAAAUCUAUUACCACCACCACCC